AUGAGCGCAGUCCAAUUGCGAAGAAUUGCCGACCUUCAAGUUCUUCCACUUCUUUUAAUUGGAUUUGCAACCUAUCAAUUGGAUCGAACCAAUAUCUCCAGUGCCUUAACAGGUGGACUGGCAUCCGACAUAUCGGUGAACCAAAAUACAAUUAAUCUGGGCAACCAAUUAAUGUACAUUGGAGUGAUCGUACUUGAAAUUCCCUCAAAUAUAGUUCUACACAAGAUUGGGCCCCGCUGGUGGAUUGGCGGGCAGGUGUUUAUAUUCGGCGUGAUCGCUGCCCUGCAGAUGUUCAUAAGGAAUAAAACCGGCUUUCUCCUCACGAGAGCCCUUUUGGGACUUGCUGAAGCGGGAUACAUCCCAGGGGCUAUGUUCACUUUGUCAACAUGGUACACGAGAGAGGAGAUUACGAAGCGGAUUGCGAUAUUCUUCUUUGGAAUGUUUGGUGGCACCGCAGUCUCUCCGUUGUUAGGUGCGGGACUUCUGAGGCUGGAUGGAAAGGGCGGAAUCUCUGGAUGGCAGUGGAUUUUCCUGGUGGAAGGAAUUUGGUCGGUGACCAUCUCUCUAAUGCUGAUGUUUCUUCUCCCUGAGAGGAAGAAGUAUCAAUCAGUAUCCGAGAUUGAGAAAGUUGACUCGCAAGAAACCCAAAACACACAACAUACGAUUACUCAACGGAUACCAUUGACAGUCGUCUGGAAAACAUUGACAAAUGUCUACAAGUGGCCGCAUUUUCUCGCAACAGCUUGUGUUUUUGCAACCUGGUGCCCUCUUACGACGUAUACUCCGAGCAUCAUUGUGUCUUUGGGGUUCACACGCGUUCAGGCCAAUGCGUUAGCUGCGAUUGGGUAUUUGAUGACUCUACCCGUUGUAUUAUUCUUCGCCUGGCUGAGUGACAAGACAAAGAAGCGUGGCUUUACAGUCGUGAUUGCCAUAUCAGUAUAUCUGAUUGCGCUCAUUAUUCUUAGACUCGUGCAGGCUCAUGUUGGCCGAUGGGGUAAAUUCGGACUCUGGACAACCGUGAAUGGCUUGGCAGUCGGAUAUCAUCCAAUCCAUAAUGCAUGGAUUCAGAUGAAUAGUCAGAAUCCCGAAGAACGAAGUGUUAGGGUUGCAAUGUGUACGUUCCUCGUGGAUAUUUUCCGCGACUAA